GCCAAUUUCCGCCGUCUUUGCCUCCCACUAGCGCCUCGAAUCCCCCACCACCGCACCCCUAUGUAAAGCGGGCCGCCGGCCGAACAAGGGCGCAUUCUUCAUAUCGCCGGCGCCGGGGGCGGCUGGUGCACUCGGUGGGAGACGCCUUUUGUCGCGCGCUGUCGUUUUUGCAGCCCCGGGCCCUCUGCCGGCGUGCGAGCGGCUAUUAGCUGGCAGUCAGUCGGCCACCUGUUGUCUGCACGGGCGGUGUGCCGCCAGCCCACAGGCGUGUGACGGCCAAGUGUGUACCUACUUAAUACAGCGAUCGGUACUUAAUAAAGUGAGUGAAGUGGGUACCCAAAAGACAUUUGCGAACGCCCAAAUAAACAAUAAUUGCAUCUAAACGGUUAAGACUGUCAUUUUCUGGGGAAGUACUUUUGGGACACGCUUCUACAUCGGAGACCGUUAAAGUAAUGGACACGUUUACGUUGGCAUUUGGUUUUAUGUACUGGUGCUGUUAGGUCGUCCUGGUAGACAUAGAUACUAAUCAAGUAUUGGCUGUUCCGACAAGUUUUUUCAUAUCGUAUACUCUCGAGAUACGAGAUCUAGUGCACCGGUGCGCGUACCUAGGAUGAAUACGCGUGUUCAGUAGUCGUGAGGAAGGAGUACUACUGGUUGCGAGUCCCCGAGUAGCAGAGCGCUGGACGCGGGCGCAGCGAUGCUGCCCACGAGCGGGGAGAAGCCGCUGCUGAAGAUCACGGCGAGCGCCGCGGCGUCGGUGGCGGCGGCGGCCGUGGCGGAGAUGGACCGCGGCCGCGGCUGCAGCCAGCUGCCCGCGCCCGACACCAGCCACGCCACCCGGGGCAUCGACAGCGCCGUCGCCAAGGUGCUGCAGGGCUACGACUGGUCCCUCGUGCCCAUCGCCAACAAGGGAACGUCGGACAAGCGCAAGCUGCACGUGAAGCGGCCGAUGAACGCGUUCAUGGUGUGGGCGCAGGCCGCGAGGCGGAAGCUGGCCGAGCAGUACCCGCAGCUGCACAACGCCGAGCUCAGCAAGACGCUGGGGAAGCUCUGGAGGCUGCUGAGCGACGACGACAAGCGGCCGUUCGUGGAGGAGGCGGAGCGCCUGCGCAUGAUCCACAAGAGGGACCACCCCGACUACAAGUAUCAGCCGCGCCGGCGCAAGGGCGGCGCCGCCGGGGGCGGAGGAGGCGCGGCCGCAGGCGGGGGCGGCGCCGGCGACGGCGGGGGCGGCGGCGGCGCCCUGGCGCGCCAGCAGGAGCCAGCCGCCGCGCUGGCGCACUCGCACGCCGCCGCGGGGUCGCCUCCGCCGCUGCACGCCGUCUCGCACCAGCACGGAGUCGUCUUCAGCCGCGUGUUCAAGCAAGAGGAGGCGGGCGACGCGGGCUCCAGCAGCAGCCUGUCGCUGACGCCGCCCACCACGCCGGGCAGCGCCGCAGACCGCGACCGCCGCGCCGCCCACGGCUCGCCCAGCCCAACUAGCGGUCUGUGCGCGGAGCCGUCGCAGCUGGUGGCGCCGGCGUACGCGCGCUCAGGCGCCGCCUACCUGGCGGAGCUGCCUCGCUACGGCCUGCUGGACAUCAUCGACGGCGGCGGCCUCGAGCCCGCCGAGUUCGACCAGUACCUCAAGCAGUACUACUACGCGCCGCCGCCGCCGCCGCCCCCGCAGCAGCAGCAGCAACAGCAGCAGCAGUGGGUGGCCGCGCCGCCGCAGCAGCCGGCCGCCGGCGAGAGCAACAACAACGUCAAGUAUCUGCUGGAGGCGGCGGCGGCGGGCGCGGCCGACGUGUCGUACCACGAGCUGCAGCCGGGCAAGCUGGACGCGUACGGCCAGCAGCUGCUGGCGCCGCCGCCGCAGCCGCAGGCGCAGCCGCAGCCGCAGCACGGCGGCUACGGCGCGCAGUACGCGCUGCCCAACUGCCAGUACCUGCCGCAGCGCGCCGCCUACCACGCACCGCUCGACGCCGACGCGUCGCCCGCCCACCUGUGGGCCGGCUACCCGGACUGCGGCGCCAACCUGUGACGCCCUCUCGCAUCGGCCCUUCCAUUCUCCUGACAGCAAGGCAGCUGGCCCUGCACCAAACAUUCUCCCCGAGUUCAAAAACUACCAGUGUCAGUCUCCAACUGUAGUGGAGCCAAAUGGACAGUUUGUCACGCUGGUGACGAAGUGAUGCCAGUGAACAGAAACACUGAAGUGUCUCAUAGGUUUCCUUCGCUGGUCUUUCUAACUGAAUAGAAGCUUGAGCACCGUGCUCAAUGUCCAGGACCCCUGAGUUCCAUGAGUCCCCGUGGAAAUGCUUUCAGUUCUCACUAAGGACACUAUGGAAAGUUAUUGACAUUUGCUUUCCGAUGUUCAGCCGAAUUGUUGAUUCGAUUUUUAUCCACAUAAUGCGGUCAGUGACUGAGUCGUGUCCUUCGAGUGCUGCGAGUUUUGUCAUUAUGCGCACUUAUGUGGGUUGUCGAAAUGUACAGAAAAACGGCCUCAACAACUCGUUUGAACACCUUUAAUCAGCACAUUAAUAAAUCACGCCUAGGUGACAUGAGAGACUGUACCUGUCACAUCUUGCGUUGGGAGAGAUAUUAGUCGCCGACAGGACAGCCAGCGUAAUAAUACGAUAAUUUCUUCUUUUGCUCUGUAUUAUUUUCAGAUGAAGUAUUUUUGUGUGUAUUCAUCGACGAACGCUGUGGCAAGAAAUAAUUUCUCGAUUGAUAUUCUCCAGCAGUAAACUUAUUAAACUCCUCGUUCUUUUAAGAAGGCGAUGAUUUAAAGCUCAUAUUUUUUUUUUUAAAAAAAAUCGUGGUUUGUACAGUUGCUGUGCGUUACUUUAUUAAAAACAAUGUCAUUACACGUUCCACACCAUUUACUUCUUAUCUUGUCUGUGAGUCGGAUGCAUCCGUGCUCUCUGUUUUCGGUGCAGUUUUUCCUUUUGGUUCGAUCCAGAAGCAAGAUAUAAUCACCUCUCGCAUAUUUUGUAACUGAUCUCAUUUUAGACUAGACUGUGGUCUGCUGUCAACCACUGCUAGUUUCGGCCAAAUAUUGGCAACUGUGCAAUUGUCAUAGUUGACACCACACACGAAAAUUGAUACAUCAGCGCUCGUUAAAACGCUCUAAAAUGGUAUCAUAUCCAUAAACAGCGUCUCCUUAUAGCGAGGACUAAGAAUUCGUUUUAAGUAAUUCAAGUUUCUUGUUAUACGCUACACUGAUGUGCAGCACUCGGAGACGUUAGGCCUAAAAGAGAAUAUAUGCGCAGUACUCUUUGUUCAUUGAAGUUCCUCUAAUUUUUUCUGCUUUUAUGCUCCUACUACUGCAGUUGCGGGUAAUGCCGAAUUUCGUACUAUGUAUUAUAACACAGAAACAAUGUAAUAUCCAAAAGUUCCAGACAUAAAUUGCUUAAAAUUAUUACGUCUUAUCUAGAUAUUGUUCUGCACCAUCACCUUUGCAGCAAAUCUUGUGAGUUCAGUGGAUGUGGAACAAACUGUCAUCUUGUUUUUAGUCAAAAAUCCCUGGAUAACGUCGGUUGUAUGCGCUCGGGCAUUGUCGUAUUAGACAACCUAGUCGUUGUACACUCUUUUUGUGCUCUUUUGUUACUCAUGUUUUCACCCAAAACGCGAAAGAAUUCUUGAAGGACUACAUUACAAAGCCGGAUCAACUGUUUUAUGUAGAAGGUCGAGGUGAAAAAUAAUCUUUCUCUGCGGUGAUCGCUGCUGAGUUCCAGAGCAUGGCCAUAGACCUAAUCUCUGUCUCCAGUGUCAACCUUGACAGGAUCUCUGGAUCAGUUUCAAGCAGUCGCUUAAGUUCCCUGCCAAGUUCCGUGCGAUGUUACUUCCUGUCAUCUUGAAACAGACGGGCACAAACUUCGCCGCAGUUCUUCUCGUGCUUAAUUCGCCUGGCAGAAUACGUUCGCCGGUACCAUAAGGUGUCCCCAAGGUGUUGAAGACAUCUUGGGCGGUCUUUCAUGAUCUUGCAGAAUCACAUCCCUCACUUUUCAAAUUUAGUGGUGUAAUCCUGGUUGACAGCCGACCGAAGAGGUCGUUUAUGAUCGGUAAUGUGGGCUCUUUUUCGAAAAUUUGAUACUAGUCAUAACAUUGUGCCUAAUCUGAAACGAGUCUCCAAGUGCUUAAUUCAAUAUCUGGUGGAUAUUUGCAGCGGUUUCACGAAAUUUAAAACAAACUUUUGUGGAGACAAGCUGCUCUUUCAAGUCAUCCAUCGCAUAAUUAGAAACUGGCGGUUCGACUACGUUGGAAAUAGGCCCACAAACAACUAAACGAAUCACUCAGCUCACCGCCACUUAUUGUACUGAUUUGAAAAGGGAUAUUUGAGGAGACACCUAGCGGCGUUUCACUGUACACAUAACAAUUUGUGUGCACAAUUCAAAGAAAGGGAGCAUUUGGGUACUACGUGAUGCAUCCUUCAUACAGCUAUACGGCGCUGUGUGGGUCUUGCGCUGUCACUCAUUGUCCUGUAUUUUUACAGGACAAUUGUACUUCUCUCAGCGCAUUCACUUAGCCUUGGGACGGAAAAUCUAUAGUCGUGGUAACUAAAGAGAGAACUUCCAUUUCUGAGAGGAGCAAUUCCAUUUUUAAAACCACCUGCGCAACAGUACGGCGCACGCUUGGCUAGAGAGGCCCGCAACACUUCUCUCGCCAUCUCCUAAGCUGGCUUACAGCACAAAUGGCGUUACGCGUUCAGAAAGACAAAAAUGCGGCUAUGUUUGUUAGGGUGGGCGGCCUAUGGGUGCCGCAGCAUGAGCAGCGACUGUACCCUCUGGCUCGUGUCAGGUCGCCAUGCCUAUGACGUCAGCAUUCAACACUCCGCCGCCCAAAAGGAAACACGAGAGCGGCGUGCAGCGGCCGCGCCGCCGUCGCCGGAGAAAGAAAACACUUAAUUUCAUUACGGGGCCGGGCUUUUUUGCUCGCGCCGUAAACAUGACGAUACGGUAUAUAUGGUCAGCCGGCACAAAUAUACUGUGUCCUGCGCCGCUGCACUUCCAAUGGCCACUGGCCGGCGUCAAUUUCUCGGCCGUGCAGCCGAGCCCAGUCACCUCGGACGACCAAAAUAAGCUGAAGGAGGAGAAGAAUACGCCAGUCGGGUGCAGUCUAAUUUCGUGGAUACGAAAGAAAUAGAAAUAAGAAACGUACUCAAAAUCAAUGGUGAAGUAACGACUUAGGUAAUACGUAUUUACACCCGUGGAUGAGCGUUUAGCACAGACCAGCAAUGGAGCUUUACAAUACACGCAACAAAACGGGAAUCUUUUGUUAAUACAAAAACUGAAUUGUUAUUUUGAAGGAAGUAAAUAGGUAUUAUGGAUACACUCAGUCUCGAUUUCGUUAUUCAGUAGCAUUGUACAGACAUGUCAGAAAUAUCGAAUUAUGACGACUCAUUUCGAUACAGUCACUGCGCAGAUUUCAGAAUACAUCGUCGCACAGAAAGAACUUUUCAGACCCAUUACUCCUCCUGGCUUGAAACGCAGAAGUUCCUACUAUGUCCAAGAAUACAUGCUGCCUUUGUGUUAUUACCGUGUGUUUCUGAACUUGUUGCGCAGCUGACAUUUGCAGCUGUAGAAAGACAUUCAAGAAGUAAAAAUGUAAGAAAAAUCAUUUAAUGUCCAUUUUAUUUUCAUUCCCGGAAGUAUUAAACUUUGUACAUUGUUUCAUUAAGUAUAUUUUGAAGAAUAUUAUUUUACGAUACUUUAUAGUUUACCCAUGUGUGCUAUCUUUUGAAAAAAAAAACGAACUGAGGACUGAUUAGGUAGUAUGUUGCAUGUUACGUCAUAGGUUCAUAUCGUUUACUUGUUGUGCUAUUUUAAUGGAAACUUAAAAUAUAUGUACUUACGUUGUAAACUGUCGGUUGAGACACAAUAUUGUUUUUGUGCUGUACUGUAGACGAAACAUGAAUGAGUUAAAUGUUAGAGCCUAUACCAAUGAUUGUUGAUAAAAGCAAGUCCUUGUUGUAUUUGUGUCUAUUGAAACACCAUUUAAAAUGUGUAAUAUAUUGAAAUACAGAUAGAAUCUGAGAUUAA